GGAAGCGACGGCCGGGGGUUUGUUUGGGUUGUGGGCGGUACGUGCUCAGCCCGGGAACAGCGGGCCAUGGCGGCGCCGAGCGCGGGGUCCCGGGCCGGCCUGCCGCAGAAGGGGCUGCUGGCCGCUGACAGGGCGCGCAGGAUAAUGGCAGUGUGUGGCAUGCAUCCAGACCAUCAGGAAACUCUGAAAAGGAAUCGAGUGGUGCUGGCCAAACAGCUGUUGCUGAGUGAACUGUUGGAACAUCUCCUGGAGAAGGAUAUCAUCACGCUGGAAAUGAGGGAGCUCAUCCAGGCAAAAGUGGGGAGUUUCAGCCAGAAUGUGGAGCUGCUCAACCUGCUGCCCAAGAGGGGUCCCCAGGCUUUUGAUGCCUUCUGUGUGGCACUGAGAGAGACCAAGCAGGGUCACCUAGAGGAUCUGUUGCUCACAACCCUCUCUGGCCUUCAGCAUGUGCUCCCACCGUUGAGCUGUGACUACGACUUGAGUCUCCCUUUCCCAGUGUGUGAGUCCUGCUCCCCUCACAAGCAACCCCGCCUGUCAACAGAUACUGAGGAACACUCCCCAGACAAUGGAGAUGGUCCUCCCUGUCUUCAGGUGAAGCCUUGCACUCCUGAGUUUUAUCAGACACACUACCAGCUGGCGUAUAGGUUGCAGUCUCGGCCUCGUGGCCUGGCAUUGGUGCUGAGCAAUGUGCGCUUCACUGGAGAGAAAGAUCUGGAAUUUCGCUCUGGAGGGGACGUGGACCACAGUACUCUAAUCGCCCUCUUCAAGCUUUUGGGCUACAACGUGCAUGUUCUGCAUGACCAGACUGCGCAGGAAAUGCGAGAGAAACUGCAGAAUUUCGCACAGUUACCUGCACACCGCGUCAUGGACUCUUGCAUAGUGGCACUCCUCUCGCACGGUGUAGAGGGUGGAAUCUAUGGUGUAGACGGCAAACUGCUCGAGCUACAAGAGGUUUUUCGGCUCUUUGACAAUGCCAACUGCCCAAGUCUGCAGAACAAGCCCAAAAUGUUCUUCAUCCAGGCCUGCCGUGGAGAUGAAACUGACCGUGGGGUCGAUCAGCAAGAUGGAAAGAAGCAGGCAGGAUCCCCUGGGUGCGAGGAGAGCGAUGCUGGAAAAGAGCCGCUGAAGAUGAGGCUGCCCACUCGCUCGGACAUGAUCUGUGGCUAUGCCUGCCUCAAAGGGACUGCCGCCAUGCGGAACACCAAGCGAGGUUCCUGGUACAUUGAGGCACUCACUCAGGUGUUCGCCGAGAGGGCUUGUGACAUGCAUGUGGCCGACAUGCUGGUUAAGGUGAAUGCCCUUAUCAAGGAGCGUGAAGGCUACGCCCCCGGCACAGAGUUCCACCGAUGCAAGGAGAUGUCUGAGUACUGUAGCACUCUGUGCCGUCACCUCUACCUGUUCCCAGGACACCCUCCCACGUGAUGCCGCCUCCUCCCUGCCAGCUGGAGGCGUGAUAGAGCCCUUCUUCCUUCGGGAUGCGCGGUUUCUGUUUCCUCCCCCUCAGGGAUAUGGGAAUCUCCAGGCUUGUGUCCUGUGCCCAUCGUCUCGUCUCCGCCUUUGAACUUGACAGGCCAGUUUGUGUGACGCUGUCUCCUUGCAGGGCUGACUGACUGGACUGCAGUUGAAGAGCCUGGCCAGUGACUGUAUGGAAAGUGUUGUGGGGAGAGAGCAGAGUUCUUGCAUGUUGUUCUGUUCCUGCCCCUAGGGCUUUUGUAGGGGCUAGUAAGAGCAUUGCUUUUUUUCCUUUAGUUCAGUGUCUCAGAGAUCAUCUGCUGUCUGCUUUUGUAUCCCCAGUAGGCAUUUUUGUGUGGCUUUGAAGAAGCAGAUGUGAUUGGAGAUGCGCCGUGCUGUGUGUGGGAAUGGCCGCUAUGGAAGAACAGUCUUCCUAAAGCCCCCCUUGGCUCUCCUGGGAUCCAAGCAUCCAGUCUUUUCAGCACAGGUUAGGGUCUGGAUCAACACACCUGCACCUCAUUGACCUUUGUCCCUGGAAAGCCUGAAGAUCUCUUCGUUGGUCAUUUCUGAGCUUUGAUACUGGAAUCAGCCUUGUGGGGAGUAUCGGUAGAAGGCCCCGGGGUGCUGAGUCUCUUCCCUCCGACCUCUCUCCGUAUCUUCUUCUCUCCUGUGAAAUGUCCCUCUACCCCUUACUUUCCUCACUUCCAUGCAGUCAGCCUGUACCUCAUGUCUGGAUUUCUAGAAUUUUCUCCAGCAACGAUCCCUGGCUGUUAGCUGUUACCUCUGUGUUAGCCCUGCUUCCUGUCCUCUGCUCUUUACCACCAUUUCCCCCCACACUGCUGCCACCAGGCGUGUCUCAGAUGCCCCUUCACUGGGUUGUUUGGCCGUGCAGACAUGUGUUUCAGUGUUGAGCCCCUGAUCUUAUGGAGCCCUUGCCUCAUUAUUUCUGUUUCAGUGAGGCUGUUGCUUCAACCUAGAAAGCUCUGCAUGCCUCUGCUAAUAUGAAACCUGCCGUUUCUUUAAGGCCUUUUGUAUUUCUAUUCUGCCCUCUCCUGUUUACCCUCUACAUAUGUUAUGUACAGGCUGGUUUCCGGCUUUCUAGUUUUUAAAUUCAAAACUGAUGAUGUCAUCCCGCCUACCUGACCCUUGACUUCCUAUUACAUCUCUCAUAGAAAGUCCAGACGCCUUACCCUGGUUCUCAGAUCUUCCUGCCUUUCCUUUGAGCUUCAUUAAAUGGUGAUUUCUUGCUAAGCUCAGCCAUGGGGGCCUCCUCUCAGCUUCUCAGACAUGCUGAGCUCUUUCCUGCCCCCUCCAGGAUGGCAUCUUUAUUUUUCAAAUAAUGGUUUAAAUGCUACUUUUCUCGCGGAAGGCUUUCCAGGUCGCUCUGUAAAUAGUUUUCUCCUGUGUUUAUUACUGCGUCCUGUUUAUUUCCUUCAUUGCACUUACUGCAAUUUGUAGUUAUGGAUUUGCAUGUUUUACUGGUUCCUUUUUCCUCUUGUGCUAUGCUGUAAGCUCAUGGGAAAAGAAACUUUGUCUCUUACGUACUAGUAUGUGCCCAGUCCCUGGCACUUAUGAGGCCUUGAAUAAAUGUUUGUUGAAUGAAGAAAGCAAGUGGCCAACUCUGCUAGAAUCAUACUUUUUGACAAAAUCUCCUUUUUGACAAUAUACACAAUUUAGUAUUUGUACUGUUUUUUCCUUGUGUUGUGUUUUUAUUCACUGGUAUCUUCAGCUCCUUGAAGAACGAUUGUGUGAGAGACAACUUCCUUCACAUCUCGCAUGGUGCCUGGCAAAAUGUGAGGCCUGUAGUAGUCAAGGUGCUCAAUAAGUGUUUGUUCUGUGAGCCAAGAGAUUUGAAGACUUGCUGCCAGGUCCAGGUCUGUAUAGCAUGGAAUUUUGAGUGAUCCUGACCUUUCCACUUCCCACUGCCAGGUUUUUGUAUUGCCAUUGGGUGCCAAAUAAAUGCUUAUAUUUGUUA